CCAACAAAGACGUGAUUUAUAUUUCAUUACAUUCGCAUUGCAUCGCAUUGCAUCGCAUCGCGCCGCAUCGUGCAUUUAUCAGUCCCGGGGAAGAACACGACCACCCACAAACCACUUCACCAUGCUGUCGCGGUCACUUUUCUCAUCUGGCUUCCGCCAAGCAGCCAGGCCUAUGGCCCGACAGGCCAUGCGGCCUGCGCCCUUCAUCACGACUUUCCAAAACCGGUGGUUGUCUGCCGAGACGAAACAAGCGAUCGAGAAGGCAGUCGGCGCUGCGCCGGUCGUGCUGUUCAUGAAGGGAACACCAGAGCUGCCUCAGUGCGGUUUCUCGAGAGCGAGCAUUCAGAUCCUCGGCUUGCAGGGUGUAGAUCCCAACAAGUUCGCAGCUUUCAACGUGCUGGAGGACCAGGAGCUGAGAUCCGGAAUCAAGGAGUUCUCUGACUGGCCCACCAUUCCCCAGCUCUACGUCGAGAAGGAGUUCGUCGGCGGUUGCGACAUCAUUGUUUCGAUGCACCAAGACGGCUCGCUGGCCAAGAUGCUAGAAGAGAAGGGCGUUCUUGCUGAGGCGGAAGCUGGCGAGAACAAGGAGUAAGAGAAGAAUCAAAUACAGUGUGUACGAUGAGCUAGAAUUUCAGGUGUGUACAUUAGAACUAGCGGCACUGCUGGCGAGCUCGAUGAUUCGCAAUACCAAUGCGCCUUGUAUAUGAUAAUAGGACUU